UGUUUUAUUUGAAACUACAAAGCUGAUGACAACCUGUUACAAAGGUUAUUUCAGUCCAAGCUCAAAGUCCAGGAUACAGAAAUAAAUCGUCUCUAUCGAUUCAAAUACUUCCAGACGAGUGCGAUACAUUUUUAGCAUUUUAUCUCCGCAAAGUGUUAAAUGGAUUCAGCAUGGGAGAGGGUGAAACACGCAAAUCGUUGGAUUUUGGAGAAUGGGGAUAAACGGACAGAUCCAUGGCUUUUAGUCUACUCUCCUGUACCAGUCAUUUGUAUAUUUGCCUGCUAUCUUGGUGUUGUUUGGAUCGGACCCAAACUUAUGAAAAACAGGGAACCAGUCAACCUAAAGGCAGUGCUUAUUGUGUACAAUUUUUCUAUGGUUGCUUUGUCUUUUUAUAUGUUUCGUGAGUUCUUGGUCACAUCUUGGCUGGCAAACUACAGUUAUCUCUGUCAGCCUGUGGACUACAGCCGCAGUCCAUUAGGAAUGAGGAUGGCAAGUGUAUGCUGGUGGUUUUUCUUCUCUAAAGUCAUUGAACUUACUGAUACGGUGUUUUUCAUCUUAAGAAAAAAGAACAACCAGCUCACAUUUCUACAUGUGUAUCAUCAUGGGACGAUGAUCUUUAACUGGUGGGCAGGAGUUAAAUAUCUGGCUGGAGGUCAAUCAUUUUUCAUCGGCCUGCUGAACACUUUUGUUCAUAUCGUGAUGUAUUCGUACUACGGCCUUGCUGCCCUUGGACCUCACAUGCAGAAAUAUUUAUGGUGGAAGCGCUACCUUACCUCACUGCAGCUGGUCCAGUUUGUCUUUCUGACUGUUCACACCGGCUACAACCUUUUUGCUGAAUGUGACUUCCCAGACUCUAUGAAUGCAUUUGUGUUUGCAUACUGCAUUAGCCUCAUCAUGCUUUUUAGCAACUUUUAUUAUCAAAGCUACAUAACCAGGAAAACCAAGAAGUCUUAACCCUCAUUGUCAGUCCAUGCUGAAGCGCCAAGAGAGAAUUACAUUCAAUGGAUUUUUCCAUCAAUUCUGCAAUCCUGUCUUAGCUUGAAAUGACUCAACAGGGUCCAUAUUAUAAGAUUAAUGAUAUUCAAAUUGAAACAUGUAUGCAUUGUAUAGUUAGGACAUUUUUGUAAUAGGACUUAAAGGCUAGUGAUACAACUGUUACUGUAAAGAUGACUGCCCUGCUAAAAAAAAUAUUAGCAUCAUUCCCAUGUUGGUUUAGCUGGUGGUGACCAGCAUACCAGCACCAAAACACAACAUAUGCUGUUUUUUCAGCAGGGUGAACUAAUACAAAUGUAGAGCUUUGGAUGUGAACAGCUUAUUAUCAACUAAAGGACUUGAAGUUGUAAAUUAAAUGCUAAUUCCAUUUUUUUAUUUGACUCGUGUCUUAAAUGUAUAAAUGUUUUAAUUACCAUUGCCUAAAUUUGGUACGUACGUUUAUGUUUUAAAACACUCGCAGUAAGAAUUCCACUAGAUGGCAGUAGUUCUCGCGAUACAAGGCGUAUGACAUCAAAGUACCGCGGGAGCGUUUCGAAAGACACCCAUAUACUCAGACGUUUUGUAUUUAUUUAAGUAUCAAAACCAUACUUUUAGACUCUGAUUGUAGAGCUUAGACAUUUCUUUUGAUGUGAAACAUUAACAAAGCAUUCGCAGAUGACUUAUCUAUGUUUGCCUGAACAACAAAAAUGUUCAAAUAAUUUGUUAAUAAAUAAAUAUUUAGUUUUUUUGCUCUA